AUGAGGUCACAAAGCACCCAGAAGGAGGGCAACAACGUCACACCACUGCCGCCGAGCAAGUCGAUGCAGAGAUGUCACCACCACCCGGCAGGAAAGGCUGUCGACGACGACGCGUCGACGGGAUCUUAUAGUGAAGCAGCGUCUGUGGCUACGGAGGUCGUUCCUCUGUCCGAGUCGUCACCGCUCUUGAUAACGAGCCUUUCAUGUCGUCUAGGCUUGACCACGCCCGCCCUCACCAUCAUCGUCUUCGCCACCGAAGAUCUAAUGUCAUUGGCGUCGCUGACGAAGCGUUUAUAUUCGUUGAAGAUCCCUCCCGACGCGUUCUUCGUUCGUCGUUCGAGUCGCCACCACUUGGCGCUGUUCGUGCUCGCGCCGCCCUACCGCCACACUUCAACCACUACUCAUAGCGGCAAGAUGCUUGGGCCUGCCAGUGUAGCUAUACGGCCGGUGGGCGAAGAACAAAUCAGUCUGCGUGAGGAUGGCAAACGGACAAUUGGCGGGCGGAUCGAAACGGAGACGGAGACAUCUCCUGUGAAGCGCAGGAGCGACACAGCUCAGCUUGCGGGGAACUUGACAAGCAACACGAUGGAUCAGCAGCGGACGGGUACACCGACGACGGCGACGUCGUCGACAGCAGCGGCGCGCGCGUGA